AUGAAAAGCCCUGGGUGCACUUCAAGGCAUAUCAGAUGUCUCCUCGUUUUCAGCCUUUGCCUGGGACUCAUCUUCCUGUCAGGCUUCUUCCAUAUGAAGACUAAGGAUUCCAUAUUCUCCAAGAGCCACAAGGAGCUGCUGGUGACAUCUGAGCCUUGCCAUGCCCAGACCAACGUCAUGUUCCUCAAGACCCACAAGACAGCCAGCAGCACUGUCCUCAACAUCAUGUUCAGGUUUGCAGAGAGGUACAACCUCACCGUGGCCCUCCCAGCUGACCAGCUCCUCCACCUGGGCUACCCCAAGACCUUCCUGGCCAACUUUGUGGAGGAAUUUGAAGCCAUAGGACAAAACUACAACAUAAUGUGCAACCACCUGCGGUUCAACCCCUCAGAGGUGCAGAAGGUGAUGGCCGCCAACACCUUCUACUUCUCCAUCCUGAGGAACCCCAUUCCUCUGCUGGAGUCUUCCUACGUGUACUACAAGAACAAUGUCCCUGCCUUCAGGACCUCCAAGGAUGUGAAUGACUACCUGGCCUCACCCACCAAGUAUUACCACCCAGAAGAUUCCAGGCAGAACAUCUACGCCCGGAACAUCAUGUGGUUUGAUUUUGGCUACGACAACAACGCAGAGGACAACGAGAAGUACAUCCAGGCUGUCCUGAAGGAGAUUGAAGAGAACUUCCACCUGAUCUUGAUAGCAGACUACUUUGAUGAGUCCAUGGUCCUCUUGAAGCACACUUUGUGCUGGGAUCUGGACGAUGUGAUCUACUUCAAGCUCAAUUCCAGAAGCCAGGACACUGUCCAGACCUUGACUCCAGAAAGCAAGGAGCAGAUAAAAGUGUGGUGCUCACUCGACUGGAAGCUCUACCUGCACUUCAACCAGAGCUUCUGGAGGAGAAUUGAGGACACCAUAGGGCACGAGGAGCUGGAGAAGGAGGUGAAGCACCUGCGAACCAGGCAGAGGGAGCUGAUGGAGACCUGUCUUCUGGGCCAGGAGGCAGUGGGGAGGGAUCACAUCGAGAACAAAGCUCUCCUGCCUUUCCAGUCAGGGGCUGCAAACAUCCUGGGGUACAACCUCAGACAAGACAUAGACAACAGGACUCUCAGAACCUGCCAGAGGAUGGUCCUGCCAGAGCUCCAGUACAUGUCCUACCUUUACUCUGUUCAGCACCCACACAAGAAGAGGAAGCAGCUGGACUUGCCCUUGCUGUGGACCAGUUCCCAGGAGAAGCUGCAGCUCCCAACUCCCAACUACGGGAGAGACUUCCCACCCCACUGA